AUGGAGGGGGAUCAACCCCAGGACGAGAAUGGGGGAAAUGCACCCAAGCCUAGAUGCCAGUGGAACAAGCUACUGCUGGUGGCUUCUGUGAUCCAAGGGCUGGGGCUGCUUCUGUGCCUCACCUACAUCUGCCUGCACUUCUCUGCUCCUCAGAUUACUCUUAGAAACCACCAGUUUCAAAGUAUCAAGGACAGUGAAAUCACAGAAUAUUAGCAUGAACCUGGAUUUCAACUGAGUUCAAGGUAUGAUGCUCAGAUCAUGAAGGUGGAAAACAACUCAAUUAUCAUCAACUGUGAUGGGUUUUAUUUCAUCUCCGUGAAGGGCUACUUCCUGGAGGAGGUCAGCAUUAGCCUUCAUUACCGGACGAGUAGGAAUCCCAUCUCCAUCCCCAUGAGAAAGAACCUGCAGGUUGACUUCACCACAGUGGUCUUUCUGGCUUACAAAGACAAAGUCUACUUGAGUAUGAAGUCUCAGAAAACUUCCUGUGAAGACCUCAAGAUGAAUGGUGGAGAACUGUAUCUCAUCCAACAAAAUCCUGGUGGAUUCUGUGCCCCAGUGAGGGUCUGAUACAAGACUUCAAACCAGACACCAGCAUGAACUCCAGGCUGGGGUGGACAGAACACAGUCUUCCCUGUGAAUGAAGGUGUUCUAGCUCAGCCAAUGGGAUGUGAGCAGAAGCCUAUCCUGUUCCACACCCUGACUCAGGGAUAUUUAAAACAUUAUUUUAUCUACCAAUUAACCUUAUUUAUCAUAUAAUCUUCAAACCACCUAACUCAUUCCUCACAAUUGCUGAUUGCCUUGAGCCCAUUAGGCAACUUUGUGAGAAUGAAAAACCUAAGGGUCUCUUUCAUUUACAUUAUUUCUACUGGUCAGGCAAUUGUCAAGAUAUCCUUAUGUCACUGUAAGAUGAUUGACCACUGUUUUCUGGAAAAUGAUGUGCAUGGUAUUGUCAAAGUGAAGAGGAGCAAGGAACAGGUUAUGAACCUGUGAAAGAUAGUAUCUACCCACCCCAGGGAACCACAGAUAGUCCUCCAAGGUUAAAUCUGCUACCGUUUACAUAUUGCCUAAAUAGUCUCAUUUGGAUGGGAGUUCAAGAGGAAAAUCAUCUUGUGAAAAUCGGGGCAUGAAAUAGCUAUUUAAGAAAUGUUAUGUAUGUGGGUGUUUUUCUUUACCAGUUUCCAGAUACACUUAAUAGAAAUUUCUCUUCAAAGAAUCAUCCUGGGUAUGUGAUACUGUGAAAAAUCUAAUCUGUGACAUAAAGAAAAUCAAGAAAAACUUUUCUGUGGAAAAGAUGUGAGGUUUGAUUUGUAAAGUUUGCUUUAUCACAUGGUGCAGUAAUAAAUAAACUCUCAGGGUAAAAGUCAAUAAUGGAUUUCAACAAUCUGAGGAGGAAAAAGUAGUCUUUAUCAGAGUAGGCACAUGCUUAUUUCCCUGUCUGUACUGAGAUUCACAUUUGGCACUAUGCCUUGUACACGUAUGCCACAUUUCUGGUAUCAAAAAGAAAAUGAAGAAAUGCUGUAAUCAAAGAUGAUUUUAUGUCAAAGAGCACUAAGAAGCUAUUGUACCUUCUGGAAAAAAAUGAUCCCUGUCUAGACAGUCCAUAAUACCCCAUGUGAUCUUACCUUGAUCAUUGACACUGGACAAUCAUCCAAUAUCAAGACUUAAAGGAAAUAGGAUCCCUUUUUUGUACUUUAAA